AUGGCCCAAAGAGAGGUAUUGUCUCCAUUAACAAACACUCCCCUGACACCACAACGACGACCACCAGACAAGUUUUUGUCACCAUCUACCAGCAAGACUUUUGGUUUGGCAAGUCCCACACCAAAUCUUGCCAACUUUACAGUUCAAGAUGAAGGACUGCAGAAAAAGGAGAGACGGAGGAAGUCAUUAGGUUUUGAUCUUCAAAGAAAAAUUCUCACAAGCCCAGGUGCCAGCUCUCCAAGCAGGAAUUCUUCAGCACUUCAGGGAUUGACUAGUACACAGCUGGCUAGUCAUUAUGCUGAUUGCAUCAAGCUUUCUGCUGAAAAUAAAAUUAAUGCUAAAAAUGCAUUUGGUCUUCAUCUGAUUGAUUACAUGACAGAACUUGUCAAGAAGAAAGAGCUGGAGAACUUUCAGGUGGCAAGCUCAACCUUGGAUGCCAGUGUGAAGAUAUAUGCUGGACGUGUAGACUUCAUACAUUCGCACACAUAUAAAGUGCUGAGUGGUCUUGGUGGCGGGAAAAGUUCACAUGAAGAGGCCGAAACAAUUGAAGACACUGGAGAAACUGGAGAAUUAGACAUGAAGCCGAAGAAGAAAAAGAAGGCAGGAAAAGCUAACACUGUGGAGACUAACCUGAAAAACAUUAAUGUGGACAAGUUUGACCUGGAGUUUGAAGUGGAUCCAAUGUUUCAAAUGAUGUCAGCAGCCUUUGAUGAAGGAGGUGCCCGUGGCCUUCUGUUGAACAGGCUACGAUGCUUUGAUGACAGACAACAACUUGUACUAGACUCUUCAACGUCAGUAAACAUUGUCGAGGACACACUGUUUGAUUCACAAAUUACACGGAAGCCUAUUGAUGUCUCUUCUGUCACAGAACUGUUGAAGGAACUCAGUAUAGAGGAUAAACAAAUCUGUCCUUCCCUGGCAGAGUUCUUCUUCACAGGCUGGAAUGGAGAAACAUCUGUGGUCCCCCCAAAAUUCUCAGACUUUGCUUUCGACCCCUUGGCAGAACCCCAACACUUGCCAACGGUUGAAGAAGAAGUGGAAGCUAUAGCACACGAGGACAUCAAUGAUGCUGAUCUGGAUGAUGAUGAUCAACCAGAAUCUGGAGGCAUGACAAGUGAGGCAGAUGCUUUUUCUGCUGGGGAUUCACGUACCGCUGAAUUUGUGGAAAGUGCCUUCAGUGAUCUCACACAUGGAAGUGUGGGCAAAUUGCGUCAGAUUUUGGCUUUAGAACCGUCUGAUUACUCGUACUUCAAUAAAGUUCUGUUACGAACAUGGGCAGGGCCGGCCCAUUGGAGAGUAGCCCCAGCCUCUAGAAUUACUCAAAACGAAGAUAGCCAGGACAAAACACAAAAGAAAAAACAGAAGAAGGUGGCCAUGAAGUUAACUUAUGAUACACCAGAGAAUGAGCUGGAUGCAUUUUUUAAACCUUGCAAAACCACAACUGUUACCAAAGCAACCUGGGCCAAGUACACGAAGAAACGCACAACAUUACCAGAAGAUCAACAGCUGGACAGUCAGGACAGGCUGUUCCGCUUGUUUCACAAGCCUCAUUUAAUGAUCAAACAUCAUACAGGAGAAUCAAUAGGUGUGGAUGACGGAAUUGAGAAUUACGAUUACAAUAACAAAAACGAUGUGGAGAACUUCUGUCCGUUAGUCAGGGAUGAGGAAGAUGACAAUAAUUUAUUUGACCUGUCAGAUGAAACCAACUUCCAACAAGCAUCCCAGAACAGCUUGUCACAGCAAAGUGGCUUCUCAGAGUCUGCUUUGAAUGGCACCAUAUACACCCAGGACAAGCUUGUGGCAGCACCGCACAAGGUCGAGAAAAUAGACAUCAGGUAUGCAAAGACAGCAAAACGUGUGGAUGUGAGGAAAUUGAAAUUCACACUGUGGUCGCUAUUAACUAAAGAUAAACACUUGGUGAGUGAGGAGACUCAACGGCCUGAUAUAUCUGAAGAUGUGUCAGUAAAGAUGUCAGAUCCUCAGAACUUCAAGGAAUUAAAAGAUAAUUUGCUGUCACAAGUUUCAACUAACAUGGCCAAAAAUCUCACCAUUCAGACUGUGUUUGCAUGCCUGCUGUAUAUCACAAAUGAAAAGGUUUUGAAACUGACCAGCUCUGAAGCAAUGGAUGACAUAUUCAUUGAACAAGGAUAA